CAAUCUAGGCUUUAAAAAACGUCUUUAUUGGAUCACGUAAUAGACACGCACGAGUCCAGCAGCAGCUCAGCUGUCAGAGAGCUGAAGCUGUUCAACAAGCCCGGAAUAACGCGGAACACACAUUAAACUCCAUAUUUCAUUUCAUUUAUCACAUCUCCUGUUAUGGAGCAAGUGAAGCAGGAGGCCUUUGAUAACGCCAGGCUGCAGGUGAUCAAAGAUGGGUACGAGAAGGCAUUCGCAUGCAUCAAUAAAGCUCUCACAGAGGAUGAGGCGGGCCACAGUGCAGAGGCGCUAAAACUGUACCGACAAGGGCGGCAGCACCUCCUCAGGGCUCUCAGUGUUCCCUCACAGGGUAUGGAGUGUGUGGGUUCCUCCUGGGAAUCAGCUAGACAGAUGCAGCGCAAGAUGCAGGAGACUCUCAACAACAUCACCACUCGCUUAGCCAUGCUGGAAACCAGCCCAGACCUCAACGAAGUCUCGGAUAGCAGCGCAGCCCCUCAGAAACUCUACCCUGAAGUCCCGAAGGUCAAGCCGGAGAGGCUGACUCCACCACAGACGCUCGCUUCCAACGGCGGGGUUGCAGGGGCUUCGGGUGGGCCAGUUCCGGUCUCUCCCUCAGUGCAGCCCAAUAUGUUAAGCGACCAGCCUCCUGCAUACACCCCUCGAGCCACUGACGGACACCUGACCAUUUCCUACGGCACUGACUCGGGCGAACUCUCCCUGGUUGGCGAUGAGUUCUACAGCAAUACGUCUAAUUCUGCACCUUCUCCUCCGUGUCUGGGGGAGGAUGGAGAGGAACUCUUUUUCCUUCCUCAAGGGGUGCAGAUCUUCUUCGUUACACCUGAGGGGCAAGUCAGUGCUCCCUCUUAUCCAGGGUACCUGCGCAUCGUAAAGUUCACCAGUGAGCAAUCAGAAAGGAUUCCAAACAGGCCACCUGCCUUCCUACAGGUUUGUGACUGGCUUUACCCAUUGAUGGCCUCUGACUCCCCAGUCCUGCUGUGCAACACGGGAGUCUACAUGUUCCCUGACAUGAUGGCUCCCACCCCGGGCUCGUAUGUUGGGGUGGUCCUUUCUUCCGAGCUUCCCCAGAAGGAACGCGAACUCUUCCAGAGUGUUCUUUCUCAGCUGACUGACCUGCGUGUCCAGGUGAGCUGUCCCUGUGUCCCCUCAGGUCCCACCUCAGAAACACAGGGGUCAGCUGUGGCUUCAGAGCAGAUUUCAGGUGUAUUUGAGAGUUUAAAAGAUUUAUUUAAGGCAUCAGAUGGCGCAACCGAUACCAUUAACCUGGGUCAGAAGGUGCCGAUGGGGCCUCCUGCAGCUGAAGCAGCAACCCCUGCUGCUGAGGAGGAGAAUGUACUUCCUGAAUGGAGCGAGAAGGUAUCUCAAGGGAUCCUGACUGGGGCUUCGUGGCUGAGCUGGGGAUUGGUGAAGGGGGCGGAGUAUACAGGGAAAGCCAUACAUAAAGGUGCAUCCAAACUACGAGAGCACAUCACACCAGAGGACAAACCAGCCCAAGUCAGCCCCACAGUAACCAAAAGCCUCCAUGUGGCCAAACAGGCCACAGGAGGAGCAGUGAAGGUCAGCCAGUUCCUUGUGGAUGGACUGUGCACAGUCGCUGCACAUGUUGGCCGAGAGUUGGCACCCCAUGUAAAGAAACAUGGAGGGAAGCUUAUCCCAGAGUCUCUGAAGAAAGACAAGGAUGGACGCUCCAAUAUUGAUGGUGCCAUGGUGGUUGCAGCAAGUGGAUUUCAAGGAUUUGCAACAAUGUGGACGGGGUUGGAGGUUGCAGCAAAGAACAUUGCAAAGAGUGUUGCUGCAGAAACGGUUACCACGGUAAAACAUAAGUAUGGGGCGGAAGCGGGCCAGGCCACAGAUCAUGCUGUCAACUCGGCCAUCAAUGUGGGCGUCACUGCGUUCAAUAUCGACAACCUGGGGAUCAAGGCAAUGGUCAAGAAGACUGGCAAAGAGACUGCCCAUGCCAUCCUGGCUGACUAUAAAGUCCAAGAGCCGAGCACUCAAGUUGAGAAACAUAAAGACCAAAAGUAGAGUUUAGAUUCAGACCUCUCGUUUCAGGUGUCCAUUUUUAAGAGCAAACCAAAUGACCGAAGAAGUGGGUGGAUCCUUGUCCGUUUUUUCAAUGAAUGCUGUUAUUUGAUUAUGUGACCAACACUGAACUCCAAAGACUUUCCUACAGUAAACACAGUUAGUCGUGCUGUCAUGUUUACUAUUUUCACUGUGUCACGGGGGAAAUGCUAAAUGCACUUUUAAAAUUCCCUUUACAAGCUGACUGACAGCCUGCCGGACAGUAUUCCUGAUCUUGCCUUACACUUCACCAGCAAUUUACUCAACUAAACAUAUCACCAAUGAUUUUACUCAUAUUAAAUCUUCAAUAGUUUUGCAUGGCUUGUCUUUUAAAUGGACCCUUAAAACAAAGUACAAGCCAAAGGUGGACUUUACGGAUUUCCCACAGAGCCUUAACAAAUAUAAUCUUCUUGUAUUUAAAAAUAGUUCUAUAUCUAAA